AAAUCCUACCCGCCAUGUUUAAACUGAAGUGCCCGAGGAAGUGGGCGCCUCUUGUUUACUUCGUAUUUGAUGCCUUUUUAUCGGGCUAGUUGCUAACGAACAAGCAGUUUUAACAAAAACAAGCUAUAAAUUACAGGUAAGGAAGAGCUACAGGACUGCAAGUUUCAAAGAAACGCUUACAAGUAACCUUAUUUACCCUCAGUCUGAGAGGAAGUAUGGAAUCUCGCUUUGCACAUCUUUACAAGCGAGACAGCAGUGUCUCCAUGAUCCGAGUCAAAAUGUCCAGGCGACGCUCCCAAACCCAGAAAGAGAACAGGGAAAAGAUGCAAAACUGCCGCAGACACCUGGACCAACUUCCAGAGCUGGAGCUCUCUUUGGAUGUUUCCGCUCUUGAGAAGUCGGUUCUUCCUUCCCAAGAGACAGGACACAAAGCUAGAGCAGAUAAAAAUAACAGUGCUGCAGUUGAGAGGAAAAACAUGCUAGCACGUUAUAAAGAGAAAAAAGCACUGCAGAAGGAGAAAGAAAAGCGAGAAAAGGAAAAGAAGGGCACCUUUAAGGUUGGUCUCUACCACCCACAGCCCCUGGGCUACUUACCCUUGAAUCCUGUUGUACCAAGCACAAAAAAGACGAUGGACAUUUUACCGUCCACCAGAGUGACCCGUUCUAUGAAACAGCAUUUGCAGCCAAAGCAGCCAGCUGAAAAACAACCUGCACCAAAGAAAACUGAGCCACUCGGCACCAGAGCUAGCAAGUCGUCCAUACCAGUAACUGUCAGAGGCAGAACUGCUCCAGUUGAACAAGUUGUCAGAGCUCCAACUACUCGAUCAGCUGCUAAAGCUGUGACAGCAGCUGCAGCAAACAAAUCUGUAGCUCAACCUGCUGCAGAUCUCAGACCUCUCAAAACAAGAGCUGCUAAUAGGCAACCUGCAGCUCCCUCUUCAGGUCGAGGAAAAACCAUGCAGGGACGUACAGAGUCUGUGGCAGCAGAAAAGAAGUUAACGAACGUUGCUGAUGAGGUGGUCACUGAAGUAAAUCCCUCCUCAUCUCAAGAGGAAAAGAUGGCAGAGGAAGCUAAUGUGACUCCAGUUUCAUUUGCUCCCCAAGGAUUUGUGUUCCAGCCUCCUUCUGGUCUGGCCUUUCAGCCUACACCCCUUUCUCCUCGCUCUGCUGAUGCCUUCCUCUCACCCAGCUUCUCAGUUGAACCCUGCAUGGAGGAUCCAAUUUCUGUACUGUCUGAUUCGUCCUCUGCCCCUCCUCUUUCCUCACCUCCUCCCUGCGUGUCUGAACCUUGUCCUGCCCCUGCUUCCAAGUCUGGUCCUCCUCACCUACCCUGCGUUUCAUCUUCCUCUCCUCCUGCCGCUGCUCCUCUUCCACUUCCUUCUUUGCCUCCUGCCACUCCUUCCUCAGCGCCUUUAGAGCCUCAGCACGACGUGUCCUAUUUCAGGGCAGUAAUGGCUAACGAGACCCAAAGAUUGACUGGGUUGUCUGAAUUUUGGGAAUUGCGAUUUGAUGAUUCCUCCAUCCCAGAAGAGAUGCGGGACCGAAUGCGCACGGCUGUUGGCCAAGCCAGGCUGCUGAUGAAGGAGCGCUUUGGCCAGUUCAGUGGGCUGGUUGAUGACUGUGAUUUUGGCCGAGGGGAGAAGCUCACAACCUGCACAGACUUGCAGGGAUUCUGGGACAUGGUGUACUUUCAGGUGGAGGACGUUGAUCGGAAGUUUAAUGCGUUGAAAGACGCUGAAGCCAGGGGAUGGCAAGAGGACAUCAAGCCUGUUGCAAGGCAGAAAAGGGUGGUCAAGAAGCCCCCUCCUGCAGGAGGUAAGACAAAAGCGAGUGUGGGAGCCAGCGCAGCUGCAAAGAGUCGUCUGGCUGCAGUGAAAGCUGCCAUGAAGGCCAAGCAAGCUGCAGGAGCUAAAAUUGCUGACGCUUCAGAUAGAGCUCAAGGUGACUCUGCUCCUACUUCAGAUGCCCAAGCUAACAUGCUGACAGCCCAGACAAUAGUUUUUCAUGGAGGCUUCUUCCAGGUGGAGAGUCCGGUCAAAGUAGCUGGUGUUGUAAGAAGAUCAUCUCGGCUAAGUGCGGCUCCCUUUACCAAGUGUUCCCCACAUGUGUCUAAAUUUAGCACACCAGGCAGGCAGCAGAGAUCUACUGCAGUGGUGCAUCCAUCUCCUCUUCCAUGCAUUCUCACUCCUUCUAAAAGCGCGCCUCUGACUGCAUCCCCUCCUACCUCUCCUGCUGCAGUAGCUGGCACCACUGCAUCUCCUGUCUGCCCGCUUAAACAGCAUGCUGAUCCCCUUCCCUGCUCCCCCAAAGCCCUUCACAUCAGCCCUGAGCAGCACAGGUCUGCCCCCUGUGUGUCACCUAAUGGAGUCUUACACACACAACUCAGCCAACCUGAUCAUAACACAAGUCUCAAAAAUAUCCAAUCAGACCUUAUGAUUACACCAGUAGAUGAUCAAGCGAACCAGUUAGCAGAGAUCAAGCCGCACAACUCUCCUUGCCAGUCAGAGGAAGAACUGCCACGUCAUCUUCCUGUGCAUUCAGGCAGCAGUACCGAGCCUGAGGCAAGUGCUCAAGAGUCUGCCAUGACGGCAUUGUCCCAGGAGCAAACUGAAGUGGACAUGUUCCACUCAGACAGUCAAGCUUAUGCUAUGAGUUUCACCCACUCGCCUUCAGCAUGCAAGAUAACUCCACGAGCAGAGACUGUGGAGAACUGUGUCUCGGUCCUUUCCUCCCCCUGUAUGAUCUCCACCACACCACAGCAAGUCCAAGUCUGCUUUCCAGCACCAUCAGACAAAACUGACACUUGUGUCAAUGAAAGAUCCAUCAGUGUAGACUGUAAAGUGACUGAAAAUCAAGACCGUGAGAAUAUGGCCAGUUUGGACUUUGAGCGAUAUCUGCAACCCACAGCCCGAUGCAGCUUAUCUCCUGUGCAGAGCAUGGCAGUGGACAGGUUCUCACUUGGCGUAGAUGAUGCUGAAAUGGAAAGCCCUCAGGCGCAGGCUGGAGAGCCUGUUCAGGAUGCACCGAUGACUCCGACAGCUUUCUCCAGAAUGGCACCAUUGGCAGUCACUCCCUGGACUGAAGAGAUGAUUGCCGAUCAGCUGCUGUUCACCCCUGAGCAGAGGGAGAGUGUGAGAGAGUCAGUGUGCGAGCGUGACCUCAUGAUGUUUACGCCACCUGCCGAUACUUAAUUUGAGCAGAGAUGUGGGCAAGCAUUGUAAUGGAGUUUAUUUACUUUUUAACAGUAAAAUUGAUUAAAUAUACUUGGAUUACCAGAUUUAUAAUAUACCUUUCUGCAUUUAUAAAAUUUUGAUCAAUUAAAGCAAGCUGUCUUUUUUGGAA